CUGUGCAGGUCUGCCUGCUGUUCCUGGGAGAAAGGAAGAAAAAGGGAGGAAAAGUCCCUCUUGCUUGGAGACGGAAUGUCUGCACUUUCAAUUCUCUUUUUAGCUUCCUGUUCUGUUUGGCUGGCCGAGGCUCAGACUGAAUUUAAGAGAGUGGCUGAAGAAAACGUGACUUUGCCCUGUCACCACCACCUGGGCCUCCUGGAGCAAGGAAGCCUGGAUAUUGAGUGGCUGCUGCACAUUUCUGAAACAGUACAAAAAGCGGUGAUCACUUACUCUGGAGGCCGUGUUUAUGAUGACCUGAAUGAGGAACAGAAAGGGCGCGUUUCCUUCACAUCCAACUUCCUUGCUGGAGAUGCAUCCUUACAAAUCAUAUCCCUGCAGUCCAGCGAUGCGGGGAAGUACAUAUGUAAGGUUAAAAAUGCUGGGCAGUACGAAUGGGCUCGCAUCACCCUGAAGGUUGUAGAAAAACCUUCCAAGCCCAAAUGCUGGCUAGAAGGGGAGCUCUUGGAAGGAAAGGAACUGUCCUUGCAGUGCCGUUCUGCCUCUGGCACUGCACCCAUCUCCUACCGAUGGCAGCGCAUAAAUGAGGAAGACGAGAGAGCUGAACAUCUCCCACCUACAUCAAGAGUCAACAUUUCUAAUCCCGGGCAAGUCCUACUGAAGAAUCUUACGCAGAUGAGCACAGGGUUAUACCAAUGCAUUGCCACCAAUGAGGCUGGACAAGAAAGCUGUGUUGUUCAGGUGACAGUGCAGCAUGCACAAAAUAUCGGCAUGAUCGCUGGAGCGGUUUGUGGCGUGGUGGUGGGACUUUCCCUCCUUUUCCUGGUGGUGAGGCUGACAAUAAGGAGGAAAGAAAAGAAGAGAUAUGAGGAAGAGGAGGCACCAAAUGAAAUCAGAGAAGACGCAGAGGCACCCAAGGCCCAUCUUGUCAAGCCCAGUUCCUCUUCCUCUGGUUCCAGGAGCUCGCGGUCAGGUUCCUCCUCAACCAGGUCGACAGCCAACAGUGCCUCUCGCAGCCAACGGACUUUGUCAACGGAAGCUACUCCCCAUCUAACUCCUCCCCAGUACAGCCAGAGGGAGAUGGAAGGAAAAGAAAUUGAGCCAAAGAAAGUCGACUAUACUAACCUGAUGAAAAUGGGAGCAACGCUAGUCAUGGUGCCUGCCCAAAGCCGAGCGUUCCAGACCGUGUGACUGCUCACCAGCCGUCUGGAGACUCCUGCUGUCCAGAAACACUUCACAUACCACCAGCCACAUAGGAAUUGUUAGAUUAGCUAGUUAUCUUCCUGGUCAGCGUAAUUUUAAUCACUUGUGAUUAUUCACACCACAAGAAGCCCUCCCACUCAACUCUUUCUUACAUCUUCCAGCACUGAGGUUCUGAAACAAAGUUUUUUUUUUAAGAAAGAUACAUUUGAGGGAAAAGGGAGCCGCCUUUUAAAAUUAUCUCUUUUGGAAAUGGAACACAGAGCAUUUUAAAACUGCAACAGCUAAGCGCUGUACAAAUGAAAUUAAGCCAAACCUCAGGAUGUUUUAAAAGGGAUCAACAGAGACAUAAGGACGCGUAAUAUUCCAGAGAGGUUUUGUGGGGAGGGAAAAGUCUCUUGUACUGGUUUUGGAGAACUUUCUCAAAGAUGCAUUGUCUUAUCUGAAGAUUUUGAGGCAGACUCUCUGCUGAGGGUAGUCUGGUGUUCAGCCUCAAAGGGAACUGACAGACGCUUCACGUUUUCUGCAUUCAGUCUUCUCGUUAAAUACUUUUGGAGGCUGUAACUAAAGUGGAAAUUAAAGGAUCACUUGAAAAGGUCAAGAGAUGCAGUAUUAAGGCAAGUGUCUGAACUAACCUCUGUACUAAAGAGAAAGGACCCUUUAUGUCAAGGAAACAGAGGUGCUUUAAUUGCCAGAAUAAACUUAACGAUGCACCCAGAGAGAUACGGCCAGUAGCCUGACUCUGCUUUUGUGGUCAGCACUGCAAAGCCGCAGUAACUCCACUGGAGUGGUAUCUGUGGCAAAUGAGCCUUAGAGUGAUGAGAAUUGGGCACUGAAUCCAGAAUGAAGGCAGUACCUCAAAAAGUGAGGGCCACUAAUCUACCAAAAAGCCUGGACGAAGCAUUUGGAAGAUACCUGGUAUCGCCAGGUUGUGAAUUCACCAGUUUUGGGGUGAGCCACGCUGUACAGGCCUUAUGGAGAGCUCUUCCCAAGACUGAACGAACAGCAUUCUUGAGCUGACCUUCAGGCAUCCAGGUAAGACUGAAGGAUGGAGUGACAGAGCACAUAGUGAGGAAAAUACACCAGGGACAGGUAAACAAGCACAAUGCUGCUUCCAUUAGAAAAUAUUUGUGCGCAUUGUCCUAUUUUUACACCAAACACUGGGCCACGUACUAUUGUUGAGGCUUAAACCUUAGCAAGACUCUUAAAAAAUUGCAAGAAUCAUAAAAAUAUUUUCUGUGAUUAAAUUAACCAGAAUAAACAUUUCCAAGGACUAUAAAGUCUUACACUUCAAGCUGAAGGCCAAUAGGAAACAAUGGGAGAUAGGGACAGGCUUCCUCUGGAGGCAGAUGCUUGCAUAAUUCUGUCAUUUAUAUUUUCCUCUGAAGGACUUGGCUCUGACCACUGCUACACACAAGACACUGAGCUUGUAGGUUCUAGAUUCCUGUAUUCCUGGACUGAUCAUUUUCUAUUUAAAAAAAUGAGGUGGUUUUUUUUUCAUUUGAGGGAGGGAAGGUUUUCUCCAAUUUGUGGAAUGAGUCUACAGGAGAUGGAUCAGCACAGAAGAACCACAUAUCUAUAAUUCUUUCACUCCAGGGACUGUAAUUAAUCUCCUUUUCUGACUGAGACCCAGAAUUCUAGCUUCUUUGCUUGAGAUCUUAGACAAUCUGAUCAAAGCCAAGCCCUGCUUGGGCUACUUCCUUAUGGGAAAUAGUUUUCAAACUUGCCCUAUACUAUCUGAGAACUUCUUUUCCUAGGAGCAGUCACCCAUUUUCAUCACAUGUACCAAAAUUUCACUUGCUCUCUCUACCCCAGAGUCAACCUAGCCACCCUUGGCAGGACAAAGUACUGAUCUGUUGUGCACGGAAGGCAGUUCUGAGUCACAGAUUUAAACAAAGGAGACAUCUUUGAUUAGCUUCUACUUUUGUGACAGCUCCUAGUGUUGGAUACUGUGUCAUUUUACCUAGACAGUUUCCCUGGAUACUCCAGAGGCGCAUUCCUGGAUCAGCUGUGUUUUGGUGGAUUUGGCAGUGGCUGUCACUGCUCGGAAGCAGCAGCUGUAAGUGUCUGAUUCCUCUGCAGUUGCUCUUUUCCUGGACCCUGAAGGCUUAGGCACUCCAAAGCACUUACAAGGUACUCCAGAGCUGGGAAAGUCCAGAAGAGCAUGAGCAGGACUGCUAAAGUAGUUUGUGGCUUCUUCUAUGGUUGCUUAUUGUGCUUAAUGUUACCUGUGUUGCAUCUGAGGAUACUUAUUCUAUGCAUAUAAAAACAGGAGUGCUCUUCUCAGUAAAGAAUACAUGCCUGAGCAACCAGAAGCUUAUUACCACAAAAUAAGGGUAACAAUUCAAAGAGCCAGUUGAGCUGGCUACAGUCCGAGUACCAAAUGCUGUAGGUUAGCUUUGAGUCACAGGCCAGACUUGCAAUUAGCAAAGAAGAGGAUGCUCUGUCUACAGCCUAGAAGCCACUUGCUGCCGGCUAGGAAAAUUUGCCCAGCCUGCUCCUGGCAGUCUCUUUCCUGGAGGCCUUUGGAAAUAGGCUGCAGGACAGAUCAGCCGUGGCAGCCCUCUCUUGGUCUCCAACUCUCCUGGAGCAGAGAAGUCACUCCUUGUCAUACGAGCUAUCUGUCUGAUUGCAUGGGAUGAAAGGUUUAUGGACCUUGGGGAAAAGAAGUUAGUUGGAAGCAAUUGCUGAAGCCUGGUGUGUGUGAUCGUUCCCGGCUGUUCCUAGCCCUGUUGGGAAGCAGGCGGUACGCGUGCCUGCUGUCCGGGCAUGUGCAGACUGCCCUGCAUACGAACCAUGUCAGAAAAAGCACCGUGGCCCUCUCCUGCCAUGGAACAAAGAGGCAAAGAUGUGUGGCCCUGGUUAGAAAAUGUGGGCACCACAGUCAUUUAAAAUCACUAAGUCUGAAACGCUGUGGUGCUUUUCAGACCACACAUCAGUGAUCUCGCAGGUGAACACAAAGUCAAUUCUGCACUUCAGUUGCUAGCGUGAAGCCCAAAGGGAAAAGUUCAUUAUUCAAAGGAAAUACGAGAAAGAGAUCAUUUCAAAGGUAUUCUGUUUUCAAAGGGACAUUUUCUGAGCUCCAGAUGAUACUAUCAGGAGUUGCACAAGGGAAGCAAAUGAACCAUAAGCCAAACUCUCUUUUGUAAAAUAGUGUACUUAAAGCAUUUACUGUCAUAUACCAGUUACUACUAGUGUGAUUAAAUGCAUACAAUGUUAUGUAGCUUUCUUUUGUUUCUCAGCAGCUAAACUAAGCUUACAUCUCUUCUACCUGCUAUAAUUGGUGUACUUGUACUGUGUCUGAACAACUCAGAGGAAAGCAAAUAUUUAUUAUUGAUUCCUUUGAAUCAAUGAUUUAAUAAUUUUUUUUUUGGUUGGUUGUUUUAUAAAUAAAUGUGCUGCAGCUGAAGUGCUGCAGCUCAACUAAA